AUGCAUCACCACUCGGGGACGGACGUUGCGGUGCUGUCGUGCGACAGGACGCACUUGAGUUCACAAACCCGCGACGCCUUUCUGGCUGCGUUUCUAGCACCGACUGCCUACACGAAAGCAAACGUCGGCAACAAACGCUCGUGUCCUUUUGCAGCUCCUGUCAAGCGACCGCGCCUCCGGUCACCCGUUUUCCAGCUGCAACCAGCAGCUGAAAAAAAGAGGGACUCUCAAUUGGUACCUGCUCGACCGACAGUGCCCAUCCACGCUCUGCCCACGGCCAGCAGCGGCGUGGAUGCCAAUCGGCUGCAGAGCAUCUUGCAGGCGUUCCGUCUGCAAGCGCAGCGGGACGCGGAUUCGGGCUUUGUAGCCAUGCGGACCUUGAACAAUGACUCGCUCGAGUACGACGCGAGUGUCGACGCCUUGACGUUCGAGACAAUGGAGAAGAACGUGGCGGAGCAGUACGCUCAAGUGGCUCAAGUGUUCCAAGACGCGGGACUGACGGACUCGAUUACGGAGCUCUCGGACGCGCAGGUGGUCACGCAAGGCCCGCACGGUCCAUUCGUGCGCUUUGCAACGGCCAAAGUUGCGCCGUUUGCCCUGGACACAGUGAGUCAAGCCAUGUGGAAGGGUGCACAGAAGAGGGCGGUGCGCAACAUGAAAGAUCUCGAGGGGACGACGACGGAAGGAGACGGGAGUGUCGUGUACCUCAAGACCGAGUGCAUGUUGCAGGACGAUUCGGUCGGUGCAAGGGGGAUUCCUGUGCUGCUCCGUGGCGUCUGUCGUCGUUACGUCGAGUCGGAUCGCAUCGUGCUGGUCUGGGAAGGCCGAGGGGACUGGCCGAAGAAUUACAUUCGGAGUCACCCGAGCAGUGUCCCGAUCCGGGAACGUGGCUACUGUGUCGUGCAGACUGUUCAAAGUGAAAAGGUCAAGGGCAGACGUGAUGCAGCUCCUCUGAGUUUAUUCCAGACUUGUGUCUGCAUGACGCCGGGUCUAUCAGCAGGCAUUGACAUGGACAGUCCCGAGUGUUUAGACAUGCUCUCGGACUCGGUGAUCCCGUCGUACCGCAAGAUUUUGGAUGCUCGCGAGCAAAUGCUGGAGAAUGCGCUACUGGACGAGAUGAUCCAGUCUAAGAUGCGCGGACCGAUGAGGAGAUAG